GGUGCUAGAGCUUCUCGACUGCGGUAACAUUGUUGUGGAAUGACGUCACAGCUGGAAAAUGAAGGCGCAGAGGCAGCCAUGACUACAAGCUCUGUAAUUAUUUAAUCCAAAUAAAUACUCGCGGAAAACUUCCAUGGCAAGAGCCACAAGUCAAAUUUAUGAUGUUGCACCCCUCCACUCCUCUGUUGUUCACUGCCCCUGUCCAUUCAUGGUAAGAGGUCAGCAGGACACGCCACGUCUCCCAGGCAACAGCAUGGAGGGUCCAGUUGCACCUCCCCAGCCCGCCCAACCGAAGAAGAAGAAGUCCGAGGAUUUUAAAUUUGGCAAAAUCUUGGGAGAGGGCUCCUUCUCUACUGUUGUCCUUGCGAAGGAACAUACAACAGCGAAGGAAUAUGCCAUUAAAAUCCUGGAAAAGCGUCACAUCAUGAAAGAGAAGAAGGCCCAGUAUGUGAAGAGGGAGAGAGACGUAAUGUCAAGCCUCGAUCAUCCCUUCUUUGUCAAACUCUAUUUCACUUUUCAGGACGAAGAGAAACUCUACUUUGGCCUGAGUUAUGCUAAAAAUGGGGAGUUACUGAAAUACAUCCGUAAGAUCGGCUCAUUUGAUGAGACGUGCACAAGAUUCUAUUCAGCUGAGAUUGUGUCUGCGCUGGAGUACCUACAUGAGAAAGGAAUAAUACACAGAGACCUCAAGCCUGAGAAUAUUCUGCUCAGUGAGGAGAUGCACAUUCAGAUCACCGACUUUGGCACAGCAAAGCAGCUCUCCUCAGACUGCAAGCAGGCAAGGGCAAACUCUUUUGUUGGAACAGCUCAAUAUGUGUCCCCAGAGCUUCUGACUGAGAAAUCUGCCUGUAAAAGCUCUGAUCUUUGGGCACUGGGCUGCAUCAUUUACCAGCUCGUUGCUGGGUUACCACCAUUCAGAGCUGGAAAUGAGUACCUAAUAUUCCAGAAGAUUAUUAAAUUGGAGUAUGAAUUCCCUGAGAAAUUCUUCCCCAAAGCCAAGGAUUUGGUAGAACGACUCCUGUCCUUGGAUCCUGCAAAGAGAAUUGGUUGUGAGGAAAUGGGUGGGUACGAACCUAUUAGGUCUCACCCCUUCUUCGAGUCAGUUUCUUGGCGAGACUUACACCUUCAGACCCCACCCAAACUCAACGCUUACUUGCCUGCUAUGUCUGAAGAUGACGAGGACUGCUACGGCAACUACGAUGACCUCCUCAGCCAAUUCAGCAAUAUGCAGGUGACUCCGGCAGUAGAGGGCUCUUCCCCUGCCCCCCCUGCUCCCGGCCCUAGUCCCGCUCCCAUCUACAACCCGACCCUAUCUGUGGAUCAGUUCAUUCACGACCUGGACAGCAACAGCAUGGAGCUGGACCUGCAGUUUUCUGACGAGGAAAAGCGCUUGCUGCUUGACAAACAGUGUGCCGCCAACCCAUGGCACCAGUUUGUAGAGAACAAUCUUAUUUUGAAGAUGGGCCCCGUAGACAAACGCAAGGGCCUUUUUGCACGGCGAAGGCAACUACUCCUAACUGAGGGUCCUCAUCUGUACUAUGUGGAUCCGGUCAACAAGGUUCUAAAGGGGGAGAUUCCCUGGUCUCCAGAGCUUCGGCCAGAAGCCAAGAACUUCAAAACGUUCUUUGUUCAUACGCCUAACCGGACAUACUAUCUGAUGGACCCCAGCGGAAAUGCUGACAGAUGGUGCAAGAAGAUCCAGGAAGUCUGGAGGAAGAUCUACCAUAAGCACCAGAACCCUGGCCUAUAGGAGUGCAGAUCCUCCUUGGCCACACCUCCCUGCAUCCCUCUCGGCCAAUUACAGAACAGAGACGGUCCCAAAACUGCACCUUCAACUAGUGCAGUUUCUAGAGUAGACUCCAUCUCCUCAUUUUCAUUGUUGCUCUCUUCCUUCUAUCCUCUACCCUUAGUCCCCUCUCUCACAGUGCAUCAGAAUACUCUGGAAUACUUUUUUUCCUUUUUUCUUUCUCUGUGAUCCCAUUCUUGCUUUCCUGUAUGCCGAGUAAUUUUUUUUUAGUGCACAGGUCCGAUCUAAGGUAGUGUGGCAUUUGGAAGUUAGGGUAGUGUGGCAUUGAGUCGGUAGUCUUGAUGUUUCUCCAUUUUCCUAGAGUUUCACACUUACCGACCCAGCCAGAUGAGAUGACUUAUAAAGUAGAAGUAAUUAUGAAAUAUGAACUGUCAUCCUUAUGUCAUCACAUUUUCUGGAUUGUUCCUCUGCCCUCUCAUUUUCCCAUACCUGUGUGUAACUUCUGUCAUUAACUUCAGCCUCCUCCAAGAACACAAAAGCCCCACCCUCAGCUCUGAUCUGAUUGGUCACCAUUAGAAUAAGGCGGGUCCUUUCCCUUCAUUGGCCACCAUUGAUGGUCUUACUGAUAUGAUUGGAUGAGUGUUUAGAAUGUUUUCUGGUCUUCAUUUUGUCCCUUCCUCCAAACAGCCUCAUCCUGAACAAAACCCACCCCAGGAGCAAAACCUAACUGUAACACCCAUGCGUCCCAAUCAUCCAAUCACCCCCCCCCCCCCCCCCAUAACAAUCACUGCAGAACUCUGGGAAAUGUAGUUCUAUAGGGGUGUAUCCACAAGAGUUACACAUCAGCCCUGAGCCAAUGGCACGACUGAUUUCAUUGUUUUUUUGUUUUUUUUCCCCCCUCUAGUCUAAGGCUCUACGAUGGGGAUGGGGGGAGGGGGUGUGUAAUGGUUGUGAGUGUGAGCGUGUGAGUUGAUUGGUGUGCCUGUGAGCAGCGAGUGCACUGUGUAUAAGGUUGGUGGUAUGCGCUUGACUGAGUGUGUGUCCUGUCUCCCUGGGGCGUUUUAAAGGAAAGGCGGCAGAUGGUUGCGUUUGUGUAUCUCCCCCUCUCCUCUCUUGGCUAGAGGAGUAGGGGGAACUGUGAUGUACAGAUGAUGUAAUAUUGAAAUCUGACGUGAGAAAUGCAACGAUGCUAGGAUCCAGGUUUUGUAUUUUUAUUCUUGUAUAAGGUUAUUGGAUGGCUAAUUCUAGCCUCUAGUCAUUCUGUGUUAUUUAAAUUCUAAUAUAUGAAAAAUCAUAUUUGGAUUGAAGUCAUAUUCGGGGGCCAUGCUGUGUGUAUGUUUUGAGAUGUAAAGCCUUUGAAUGUGAAGAAUUAUUGUAAACUAUGAUAUUUUACAGCUUUUUUUUCUUACUAUAUCAUAUACAUUUUCUAUUUGCUCAGUGAUUUAAUCAUAUUUCUGAUCAUUUGAAGCCUGUCUCGUUGCCACGGUGAAGUCUGCUGUUCUGCAGCGCCACCUAGAGCUGAAAUAAAGCAUGUAGGGGUUUAGGCCGACA